AUGUACUCAUACAUCCACAGCGCGCUUGACACAAUACGCGACUACGCCAAACCCUCGACCACCUCCAACUUCCGCGAGACGGGCAAGCUCACACCUGACGAGUUCGUUCUGGCUGGAGACUUCCUCACAAGCAAAUUCACUUCGUGGUCAUGGUCUGCCGCUGCCACCUCUGCUCAGCGUGUCUCGCAUCUGCCUGAAAACAAGCAGUACCUCGUCACUCGUGGUGUCGAAUGCAAGCGACGCCUCAACGACGACAAGUUUGCUGGCAGGGAAGGCCUUGACGACUUGGUCAAGGAGGGCGAGACCUUCGACCCCACUGGAGACGACGACGAUGGCUGGUUGAGAACCGGCGGUGAUCUCAAUAAGCCAGAGUCCUGUCCAGGCGACAUCCGUACCGUUGACGAUGAUGGACAUGUCGAGCAAGAUAGCGGUGACUACGAAGAAGAUGUCCCCGAUAUCGAGGAUGAAGACGAUGACCCUGAAGCCAUCAUCCGCGACCCCAAGGCUCAAGACGGCCAGACCGAUACCCGCCGCUACUACACCAUCUACAUAACCUACUCCACAUACUACAUGACACCACGACUCUAUCUCUCCGGAUACUCAUCCUCGAAUGAACCCCUCCCGCCCUUGGCCAUGAUGGAAGACAUCGUCGGCGACUACAAAGACAAGACCGUCACCCUCGAGGACUUCAACUUUGUCUCUCCGCCCAUCAAAACCGCCUCCAUUCAUCCCUGCCGCCACGCCAGCGUCAUGAAAAUCCUACUCGACCGCGCCGAUGCUGCUCUCAAACUGCGAAUCCAGAAGAUGAAGAAUGGACAAGAGGUUUCGAGUCAAGGUAUGGAGGGCUUGGUUGAUCAAACCAGUGGACUGAGGUUGGAUGAGGAUAAGAAGAAGAGUGAGGAGAAGAAGAACGAUGAGUGGGAGGUUUUGACUGAUGAGGGCAAGGAUGACGAGGUCGCUAUUCGCAUUGAUCAGUACCUUGUCGUCUUCCUCAAGUUCAUGGCCAGUGUCACCCCUGGCAUCAACCACGACAACACCAUGGCCUUGUAG